AUGGCAGCAAAGCAGAAUUUCCAGUGCUUGGAGGACCAGCUGUUGUGCCCUAUUUGUCUGGAGGUCUUCAAGCAGCCCUUGAUGCUCCAGUGCGGUCAUAGCUACUGCAAGAACUGUGUCCUCUCUCUUUCCUCAAACCUGGACAACUACUUUACUUGCCCCGUGUGUCGGAAGACAGUGGACUGCAGCAGCUCUUCCCCAAACGUCUCACUGGCACGUGUUAUUGACACCUUGACAGUAAUAAGUGGAUCCAGCGGUAAUCAGGAAAACUGCAGGGAUCACCAUAACCCCCUGAGCCUCUACUGCGAAAAUGACCAGCAGAUAAUAUGUGGGCUCUGCGGAAUCAUAGGACAACACAAGCAACAUAAAUUAACCCCCCUCUCCAGUGUGUAUGGGAGGAUGAAGGAACAACUUGCUUUGCUUAUAACAGAAGCUCAGAUGCAAAAGAACAACAUGGAGAGACACAUAAACAAAUUAAAACACAACAGAGCCCGUAUUAUGAAUGAAUCUGAUGUCUGCAAAUUGGUGAUUCAGAAAGAGUUCCAGGAACUUAGAAGUUUUGUUGAUGAGGAAGAGGCCAGCUUCAUUCAGUCCAUUCAGCUAAAGUGCACCACAGCCGUUGAGACAAUUGAUGAACAAUUGGAAGAGACGUCCAAAAUACUAAAGCAGUUGAAGGAAGUUGAGGUUUCAUUGAAAAAAUUGGGCAAUGAAAAUCACUUAGAUUUCAUACGGGACUACAAUUCGAUUGCCUCAAGAUGCCAACAGACACCACAGCCAGAGUCAGACAAAACCUUCAGUACCAUCUCCUUCAAGCCUGGCUUUAGGCAUGAUGACAUCAAACUUACAGUUUGGAAAAGACUGCAGAAGCGGAUUUUACCAGAACCAGAGGAACUAAAAUUAGAUUCUAGCACCGCGCACCCGCUGUUGAUCAUAACCAAUGGUAGUACCAGGGUAGAAUGUGGAACAUACCUCAAGCGUUUGUCGUUGGUGCAGGAACGAUUCGACUACAACACCUGCAUUCUUGCCAACAAAGGUUUUUCCUCAGGCAAGCACUACUGGCAAGUGAUUGUCAAUGACAAGAUGAGAUGGCGCCUUGGCGUUAUCAAAGGUACCACAGGACGCAAAGGGAAGUUGAACAAGACUCCAGAGAAUGGUGUCUGGAUGAUUGGAGUGAAGGAAGGGAAGAUUUAUGAGGCAUACCAGAACCCCAAAAUCCAGCUUUCAAUCUUAGUGAGGCCUCAGAAGAUCGGUGUGUUUCUUGAUUAUGAGGGAGGGCGACUUUCAUUCUAUAACGUGGACAAUCCAGACGAGCUGAGUUUGCUCUAUGUAUUUGAUACAGUCUUUCAAGGAAAGAUUUAUCCAAUUUUUGACCUUUGCUGCGUUGACAAAAGUAAUGACACAGCACCUAUCACGCUCUGUCGUGUUUGAAUUUAUUACCACAUGGAGCAAGGUGCGUCAAUCAAAUAUGAACCACCACCAUUCCAAUCUCAUGGCAACUGCUUUAAUGUUAUGACUGAUGCUGCCUAAUUUUAUAAGAUGUCUUAUUGUAUGAGAGACAGCAUUAAGCUCAUGAUACCUUUCUUUUAAAUUUAGUCUCAGAUCUUCUGAGUUAGCAAGAAAUAUGUUUGUGAAGUUUAGCUGUAAAAUGGAUUUCUGGUCGUCAUUGGCAAUGGUUUCUCUUCCCACACCCUCACUGUCAUUUCUGAUGCAUCCAAAGGGCCUAUACUUAGCCCCUUCCUGUUUCACAUCUACAUAAUCCCACUGUCGUGGAAUCAAACCCUGAUUCCACAUGCCAACACAUUUAAUGGCCAAACCUGGAUUCCUAUCUUCAGUUCUGGUCACCACAGUACAGGUAGGAUGUGAAGGUGCUGGAGAGAAUGCAGGGGAGAUUCACCCCUGGAGUAUUUCAGUUAUAAGACUGGACAGCAAUUGCUUUUUAUUCCCCAGAUACAGAAAGGCUAAGGGAUAAUCUGAUGUAGAUAAAGAUGAAUGUGGAUGGAUGCAAUAGUCAGCAUGGAUGUGAUGCCUGAAAGGCAUACUCCUGUGCUGAAUUACUCUGUAAUCCAAAAAUGCAGUGUCCGCUUCCAAAUGUGAAAUUACAACUUGUCACUAGUAGUCACUAGACUACUUGUCCAAUAUCCAAAAUGCCCUCUGGAUAAUUUUUGGAGAUAUCAAACCCAUUGACCUGUCCCAUCACAAUUCCAUUUCUUAGCAAUUGAUUUAAUACCUUGCUCUAUUAAAGCCUAAGGCUGAACCAUCUUUAACAACCUUGGUAUCAUAUCUGACCCCGUGUUGAGCAGAAGCAUGUAUUUACAUUAACACAAAGACUGCUUGUUUCCACCACCAUAAUGUCUCUGGGAGGUGUUUCUGCCUCUGCUCAGCUUCUGAUGAACUAUACCAAUGCCCUUGUUAGCUCUCGACUCAACUGCUUUAACACCCCUGGCUGACCUCCUUUAUAAACGUAAAGACCCAUUUGCAUGACAGAGCCCACAGGAUCUCCAUUAUGCACUUUCAUAAUCAUGAGUGCCUUGCUUAGGUGAAAUGAAUGUGGCAGGUUUUCCAGACUAAGAUGGUUUUAGGCCACUGUUGUAGUGGCAGGUGAUGCAUUAGCAUUCCCAGUUCGGAGAAACCCCAAAACAUUGAAAUCUUUCCACUGAUGUCUGUGCUCCAUAUCAUGAGAACUUGAACCAGAGGAAGUCAACUGUGGGGUUGGUCAGCCAUUCAUCUAUUUUUAAAUCACUAGAUUGUCAUCAAUUUGUUACUGCAUGUUGGGAACAAGACAAACAGCAGAUACUUGCUUUUCACCUGAGUGGUAGUCUGUAGUUGGCAUGUCAUAUGCAGUUGAUUUCUGUAUCAUUUUUUAAGACUAUGGUCCAGGAAGCUGGGUAUUUUUAAAAAAAUCAAAAGUACAUUUACUUCUAUGAGAAAUUGAAGUGAGUCUUCGAAUUAUUCCACGUGUUGAUAGGUUUUUACAGCUGAUGAUACACUGGAGAACUUUUGAAUGCACUAAAAAAUAACCAUGUUGAUUUUCAAAAGAAUAGUUUAAUGUAAUAGAAAUAAGUGCAAUUUGCUUGAUUCCUGUGCACCUUCUUAAUCAGUCAUUGGAUCUUAAAUCUACUGACUUCAUUUAGGCUUGAAUGUACAUAUAUGACUCAAUGCUAACUCAUAGCUGGUAUUUCCUGGCACCACAGAACAUUAGAAAGAUUUGCAACCUCUAAUCUGAAUUAUAAAAUGUUACUGUUCAUAGUUUUUGAAAUGUUUUAAGUCCCUUUUGUAAAAUAUAAUAAUUAAGAGUUUGUGGAAUUAAGUACUUUCUUUCCAGUUUAUAACAUUAGAUCCAUAAAUCCUCAUACUGGA